AGGGGAGAGCUAACGCGCGCGCCGCCCGCCCUCCCGCCCCCAACCGCCGCCACCGCCGCCGCCGCCGGCGGGGCCCGGGGCGCACCGGGCGGGCAGGAACUGCGUCACGCUAGGCGCGGAAGGGGCGCGGGGGAGCCCGGCCGGCCCACGGAGACGAUGUCCCUGAAUCCGCGCCUCAGCCGCAGCCUGCAUGCCCGCCCUGGGUGGAGCGGUCUUCUUUGUCGAGCCGGGACCUGCUCUCCUUUCUCGUUCAAGCAGAAGAGGAGCUAGCGAGGAAAUAAAAACAAGCUCGAGUUAAUGUUGGAGAAGUUCGGGUGCGGGAGAGUCUGGAUUUUUGGCUUCUUGGAGAAACAGUAGAAAAUGCAAAACGAAAUAAUAAAGCCUGCUAAAUACUUCUCAGAAGUGGAGAAGAGUGUGCUGCUUGCAUUAGUUGAAAAAUACAAAUACGUGCUUGAAUGUAAAAAAAGCGAUGCAAGAACUAUUGCUUUGAAACAACGUACCUGGCAAGCACUAGCUCAUGAAUAUAAUUCACAGCCCAGUGUAUCGCUGCGAGACUUCAAACAGUUAAAGAAAUGCUGGGAAAAUAUCAAGGCACGGACAAAAAAGAUAAUGGCACAUGAAAGGCGGGAGAAGGUAAAAAGAAGUAUUAGUCCACUUAUAAAUACUCACAUCAUAGGGAAAGAGAAGAUUGCCAGCAUAAUGCCUGAGCAAAUGUACUUUUUGCAGAGCCCACCAGAAGAAGAUUCUGAAUAUCAGCCUGAUGCUUCUAGUCAAGAGUCAUUUGUUGUCUCAAAUAGAGAACUUUGUGAUGAAGAGAAAGAGCUGGUACAUUUCCCAGUAUGUGAAGGUACCUCCCAACCUGAGCCUUCGUGUUCUGAUGUCAGAAUAGCAGCAGAUAAGAACUACAGAAGUAAAGCAUCUCAGGAAAGUGCUCUGAAAAAGAUGCAUGAGGAAGAACAUCAUCAGCAAAUGUCAAUUUUGCAACUGCAGUUAAUCCAAAUGAAUGAAGUUCAUGUGGCAAAAAUACAGCAAAUAGAAAGAGAGUGUGAGAUGGCUGAAGAAGAACACAGGAUAAAAAUGGAAGUCCUAAAUAAAAAGAAAAUGUAUUGGGAGAGAAAACUGCAGACCAUCACAAAAGAAUGGCCUGUAUCAUCCUUUAACAGACCCUUUCCUAAUUCACCUUAGAACAUAAAGGGUCAGAGAGUCAGUGUGAUUGAGCACAUUUAUGAGUAAUGCGCACUGGAAAGAGGUUUUUUUAAUGUGAAUGUACAGUGACAGGAUAGGUGCCUGGCUGAUAGUGAACACACUUUGACUCUUAAUGUUUAGGGAAACAGUGGUAGAGUCGACCAAGGGGAAAACUGUAUUGCUCAUUUGUAGGUAGUUCUGAUUUAUUUAACUCUCAGACAUGCACAGUGUUCUAAAAUGUGAACAUAUUUUCCCCCCUCAGAAUACCCUAACAUCCUUUCGAAAUUUAAGGUACUCUGGCUAUUCUUAUAUUGGGUGUUCUUAAGAAAAUUUAACAGCUUUAAAUAUCAGGUUAUAGUAUUUGUUUUGAUUUCUGUCUCCUCCUGUCUACCAUUUCCCGAAUGAAGGCAAGGGUUAGAGUUGCUCUCUGCUAUUGAGACAAAAGGUGAUUGACAGGUAUUGGUUGGAUUGUUAUGCUGGGGCUUAGGAAAAAAAAAAAACCCUUGUCUCUGGUUAAUAUAGUUCAUAACUUAUUCUUCAUAGAAGAUGUGAAAAUGAAGGAAGUAGCAAAAGGACCACUGUAGUAAUGGAGCCCUUUGCUUAUGAAGAACAGUAAUAUUUUCCAGCAGGCUGGCUGAUUAAGGGAAUGGUUGUGGACUGGCCUGCCAGUUAUUUGAGCCCUGACCCUUAAGUUGGAAAGAAGGUGACUUCUUCCUCAAAAGCCAUUGUGCUUGUCCUUUCUUUUCCAGGCCCAUCUUGUAUUCAAGUAGAAUACCAAAAUAGGAGGGUGGCACACUGCUGCCAGCACUGUGUGCUGUUUACCUGGAGUCAUUCUGAGGGGAAGAGCUUUUUAACAAUUCAUAAAGCUCUUAAAAUGUAGUGAGCCAGCCAGUCCAUUGGCAAAGUCUCCCUCUAUCUCCCUAUGCAGUACUUGAUGGAGUAGCAGCUGGCUUGAGUAUUUCAACCUCUCCCUAGCUAGAAGAAAAGACUAAGACUUGCCCUCUUUGUCUUCAUGUAGGGUGGGAAGCAGUUCAAGGGAAUCAUUCCUGUCCUGGACCACUGUUCUGUUUUGUUCCGUCCUGUGUGUUACGGUGGUGUGUUUUUUGCCUUUGCUGUCAGUGAGGGGUGAUGGACAUGAUUUGUAUGAAAGCGUUCACAUGAAGGUCCCCACAGAGUUUGGGGGUCCAGAAUAGUAGAUGGUAGGAAAGCACAAAUAAAGAUAAUCCUUCCCCAGGCAAUCAUUUAUUCUAGUGGGGCAAGGGUUAAGAAAACAUGAAAUACAAAACUCUGCAAAGAUUUGUAAGAACUUCUGAUGCGUGAAAAGGUGUUUUACAGGAAGGUAUACAACCGUCAUAUGAAGCAGUGAGAAAAAUUAACAAAAACAUAAAUUUUCAUUGAAAAACCUGAGUAUCCCAUUAUUCAAUAAAGUAUUUUCAGAGCAUGAUUCAUGAGGGCAAGUCCAUACAGUGAGCAACAUAUUCAAAUUAGAGUAUGUUAUGAAAUAUACAUUCCCAGUUACACUCCCAUCUCUUCCCUGGAUGUUCUUUCUGGUGGAGUGAGUUUCUUUUGGUUUUGUUUUGCAGGAGGUGGCGGGGGGGUGUGUGUGUGUGUUUCUUUUUCUUGAACUGCUUUCCCUGCUGGUGAUUCAUCUUUGCAAGCACUGCCAUUAUCAACCACAGUACUCACUGUGGUUAACGCUGUGGUACACUUGUUGCUCCCCAUGGUCACAACAGCAAUCGCAAUGGGAGCGAUUUAUUACAACUUAUUUUAUAUGACAGAGAAAAAAAAAUUUGCAGAGCUGCUGCAAGAUCAAAAAAAUAGGCCAUGCGUGAAAUCUGAAGAGAGAUCUUUUUGACAGCAAACUCAGUUUUCUUGUAAAUUGGCUGUAUGAAGGAAGCAUAGGACUUCCAAAGAAGAGUAUCACUAUGGACAGUUUUUUCUGCUGAAUGGAAACACUAUUGGAAGGUAUAAUAACAGUAGAGGCAAAAGAAAGAAGUAAACAGGAGUGAGGACCUUUUUGUUCUGAGGUUGCAUUCUGUGGUCUGGAAGAUGAGUCAGUUAUUUGAGUGGUUAUGAAAAUUAUUCAGGCACCAUCCAGAAAAAAAGAAUAGUAAAGACAUUUGUCUUAACCAAUAAUGAGAUUCCUUCCACACUGCUUCUAAGUGAAAGUAAUUUGAAACUAUGAAAUAGAAACCAUGUAUGUUAAGGUAUCAAAAGGUGACGAAUGGAAGCAAUUUCAGCACUGUGAAGAGAGCAAGAACAGAGAGACAAUCCAGAUCUAGAUAGCCCUGUGAGAAGGUAUGAAAUAGUCUAGGGAGAAUCUCAUGAAAUGUGAGACAAGGGUAGUUUUGACUCCUGAAAGUUAUACCAUUGCUCAUGAAAGAUUGUUUUAUUUUUAUAUUAAAAAAUCAUUUAAAAUGUUCAUGUUUUCAGACUGUACUAGGUGGGCAAUGCCUUACAUUUUGGUAUAUAUUCUUAUUCUGAGACCAAAAGUUACAGUUCUUAGGCUGAACAGUAGACCCUUUUAAUUCAGCUUCUAUUUAAAAGAAAGAAGAUGACAGGAGAAAAAUUAGAAAGAGCCAAGAUGAAGACAUGAAAGAAAGAAUGAUCAGUACAUGCGUAGAGGAAGAAUGGGAAUGUCACACAACACAAAUGAUACAAGAUGCUUUUGUGGUACAGGUAAUAGAUGGCUUACUGGUGACAUGGGCUUUUGCUUUCCCACCUGUGGUGACUGUUGGUUGCUGUAAGAUUGGGUGAUAGACACAGAAAAAUGUAAAAGAUCAACAAGAUGAAGUAAUGUGUCUCCUUGCCAGGCUUUGGCUUCUUCAUCUAAAGGCUUUAUAAGGUGAUUGGUGUGGUAGAGUUUAAAUGACUUGAGAAAUGUGGCUUUUACCUUUUUUUUUUUUUUUUUUUUUUUUGCAAUUACUUCCUCUGGUAUUAGGGUUUAUCUUUUUUGUUCAACUUUUCUUAUAUGUAAUAUAGCCAUCUCAGACAAUAUGUCCAUUUGUUCCUCUCCCUUUUUUCUAGCUUACAUCAUUCAAAUACUUUCACAUAAUUGUGUUUUCCUGUUAAUCAUUUGGCCAAGCUAUACAGGCUUUUUCCCAAGGUUUUUCCAUAGAUAAAAUACAGCAGUAUUUUAAGAAGAAGAACAUGACUGUUGUUCUCUGGAUUUGUUAUACAAGUUGUUGGCAAGAGAGAACUUAAAAGAUACACUGGGCAAAAUGAUCCCAGCUUAACUCUGUAAGAAAAAAAUAUAUACCAGAAAUGUAGUGGCCAUUGUUCUCAGCCUCUAUGUUCUUACAAAGAGAAAUUAUGACCUUCUGGGCAGGGUGUGGUGAAUGACGACAUUGAAAUGAUAAACUGCUACACGUUUAUAGAUUGUUACUUUGGGGGUAGGGGAAUUACAUGUAAAUCUUAAAGUACCAUUUAAUUGUAUUUUUUUCCAGGCAAGUAAAGUCCCUCACAAGUAGCCCUGUGAUUUCAUAUUUUGAGCUAGCUUGUUCAAAGCUGUUUUUAUAAGACUGAUGCAUCUUAGUUGUUUUCAUAAGAUAAUUGCCUCUCUUUUCACAUUAUUUUCUGUUUCUUCUUAAAGCAGCUGACUGUAAACUCACACCUCAUCACUCUUCCUGAACUUUGUCUCUAGUUAGAUAUUCAAAAACCUUUCUGUGCAAAUUAAGUACUAAUGUGUACUAAAAUUAAUACAUUUAGGCUAAUAAAAUAAACCAAGUAACAGAGUGAUAGGAUAAUAUGCAGUGACUGUUACUAUAGUUUAAAAAACAUUACAGAGGAUGGCUCUGUACAUUUGAUAAAAAGAAAGACGACAAUUUGUUGCCAUCUAUAAGAAUAGGAUAAUAUAUUUUUACAGUGAAAGCAAGCAGUAAUCUCUGUUUCUGGUAUCAGAUUAACUUUUGUGUUGCUAAUUUACAAGGGACUUUGCUUCUUAGAGACCUUUCAAUAUUUUUAAUUUUUUUUUUUGUUGCUGUUCAUGGAAUUACAUAAAACAGCUUGAUUCUCCUAUAUGUAAAAAAGGUGCACAUAGAAAUGUGGACAGAUUUCUGGGCCUAAAACAAGAGCAAUAAAAUAGAAAAUUACUAGCUGUGGCUCUGAACAUUUUACUGUUCUGGUGGUGAAGGGAUUAGGCAUCCCACAACAUCAUUAGUCAUGUUAAUAACACUGAACAAAUUAAAAACUUGCAAAAGCAAAAAAAAAAAGGGCUGGUAUGGUUUUCAGAGUGAGUCAGAAGUGAAGACAGCACUUAGCUGUCCCAAGAGGUAACACUGUCAUGUAUGUCGAACAAUUCCCCCACAUGGUCUUCACCUUCCCUGAUUACUCUUUCCUUUGAGACUCUAGACACCUCUAUCAUACUAUUCACAGCUCCAAGUGCCUGACAAUAAGUAAAUGCAUCAAGUAGGAAUCCCACCAGAGUUAUUAGACCUCACUCUUUACUAAACUGAAGUUGGACAAUUUUCUGAGACUGCAUUAUCCAGACAUGCAUGCUAUGCACUGCAGAAAGGCAUGUGAAAUUUGUCCAGCAUGUAGUCUGCCAAAUGGCAUAGGCUAUACAGUAAGGAAAAGGAAAAGGUUGUCCACUGCAUGGCUGUGGGUUAUAAAACUGUUAUAUUCAUGAGGGCAUGGGGAUGCAUCUCAUUGGAUGGUCAAUCUCUUUAACAGCAAGAAUCAAGAAUUAUUUUUGCCAAAUCUUCUAAUUCAUCCCAGUCUAGAUUUCCCAAUCUGUCAAAACAGCCACAGGACAAAAACAGAAGGAAAAAGAAAAAAGAAUUAAGCAGUCAAAAUACCUAGAAACAAUCUGUUGCCUUCCUGAUGAAAAGGUGGCUAGAUAAAAAGCUACAGCACAUGUAUAUAUUUAAGGAAAUAACUCUCUAAUGUAACAGAAAUAAAGCAAGAUAGAUUUUUAGAUCAUCCUUAUUUAAUUUAUGUGGGUUUUUUUUAAAAUGUUGAUUGAGAUUGUUUUCCUUUUGUUAUUCAGUCCAGCUGCAGAACAGUUGUGUGCUUCAUUUUCUGACCAAACGUUAGAGCACUUCAUUAAUCAAAUUUGUUUGGCAAGAGAGUAGAAUUAGGUUUGUAUUCAGCACAACUUGAGAUUGAUUGUAUUCCACAAGUCUGCAGAUAUUUCUUCUCAUAUAUAAGAGGCUGUUCUUGGACAGCCCUGAAUCUGAAACUGGCAUUAUAUGCCAAUUUUAUAGUAAUUUAUUAUUUAUAUGGCACUAAUGAGGUGACAUAUAAGCUGCUCAAGCUCUGUCCAUUAUUUGGUCACGUACGCAUCCCUUCCCUUUUCUUAGAAUUACGCCUUGAAAUUAUGUACUAAGCCACAAAUGCACCAGCUGAACCGCCCAUAUAAAUUCCUGCCACACAUUCUGUAUCACAGUAUAAUGUGGGGAAAAAACCUCCCGCUUCUUUUUAAUUGUGGAGUUUUGAAAUUUUGACCUGUUACUCUCACCGAAGCUUUGCUAAAAAUUGGUUUGUUGUAUCAGACACCUAUGUGUUCCCACAGACCCAUCAACCCAAUGAGCCAUGUGGCUUUAUAACUUUUGAAUACUGAGACUCUAUGAAGUCUGAAUUGACACACACAUGGUAAAUUCCAUUGACCUGAAAAAGAUCUUGCAAAUGCUCUCGCAUGCUGAGACUCUGAAAAGUACAAAUUAGGGAGGUAAUUGGAUGGAUUUGGUAUUCAAACCAGGGCAGAAAUUUUGGCAGGCUGGGAGUUAUCAGUGCUGACCUAACAGAGAGGUUCAACCUCUGCUUGAGGAACAGUAAUGUCCAAUCCAAAUAUUGCCUUACCUCCAACUUUCUGUCUAAAGUGAGGUCUAAAAUGAGAAGUCCUUGCCAAAUAAAGCAACAUUAGUUUCCAAAAUGCACUUGUUUUGCUUUCAAUUACUGGCUUGUGUGAGGGCUCUGAGGCUAGACUGGGCUUCAUGUUGCACUCCAUUGGCGGCUGAUAGCAUUUGAAGAAGACUUCCCAUGCUGAUUUUGUCCUGUUCCUCUUGAAUGCAAUACUACUUGGAUGCAAUAGCCAUGUGGUGGUGCCAGUUGGACCAUGGCAAGGGGCUCACGUUCUCAAGUUGCCUGGCACUGACUCCCUGCAUCUUUUCCGAUUACCAAAUCAGUGGUGGUGGAUCAAUUUGUAUAAAAAAUUAGGGGUUUUGGCCAGCAAGAACAACCAUUGUUGCUACCUGUGUCACUGAGGUGCCUCGUCACACUGAUGAGAUGGCAAAUUUAGAGCUAUAAUCAAUGAACAAUCACAAUGGCACUUUGUCUCAGCCAAUUACAACACUGUCUUCUGGGGUAAAUCUUGCUUUUACUCCUCUUGUAGAGUGAUAAAUUAAUUGCUUGCUUCCAGUUUAUACUUCCACAGUCCCGCUGAAGCCAAUACAUUUAUCUACAUUUUGCUGUGGGCUUGAUAGAUAAGUGUAGAUCUCUGCUCUCAUUCUGGUCCAAAUGCCACAGCUACCAACACUGCUUCUGUAAAUCCAGCAUGGGUGCACUGUCAGGGAGCCAGGCUGGGAAAAUCAGGUGUGAGAAAAGACUGGCUUAAACUUAAGCCCUUCUCUUACAUGCAGCAUGGACAUAAGUGGCUCAAGCCCCGCGGCACAGAAAACUCAAGCCCACGUCCUGUCACAACUUAAAACACCAGUAUGGACAUAGUAACAGCAGUGGGUUACUUUGGUGACCUGUAAAAAUGGCCUUGGGUGGUAAGCAAUUGAUUUUUUAAAUUGUUAUAUAUUAAAAUCUUUCAAAAUCAUGGGACAGGUUAAAACUAUGCCCUGUCAGUGUUCAACUACCAAGAGCAAUAAAUUAACACAGAUUCAGUUUUCUGUUAGAAUUUGGUUAACUGGUAUGGUUAAUUUAUCACACAGGCAUGCUCUCACCCUUCUUCCUUGUAAAAUCUUUGCUACUUCCAUCAAAUUAGUUCACAUUCUCAUUUAAAAAAUAAAGGGAACUGUUAAUCCACCCCCAGUUAGAUAUAUACAUAAAUUUAACCAAAUGAACAAUGUAUCAAAUCUUUUUCUAAUAUUUUGUAAUUUCAGCUAUAGGUGGGCUUUUGUGUUUAUUUAUACUUUCCCCCUUUUUUUUUCCUGAGGAGUCUAAGGUUAACUAAUGAGAGCUCUGAUCUUCAGCUUCUCGAGAUGCAGAUGUCCUGACAUUUUAGAUCGGUACCAGAAAAAAGUUCUGGUAAUUGGUAAUUGCAAAUACAGAGAUAUUCUGGUCUGUUCUACUUCCCAGAUAAUUAGAAGGCAUAGCCCUAAUCAUACCUUUCUUUUUGCAGUUGUGUUUCUGAACUUCCAGUCACAAGAUGUACAAGCUGUUUCACCACCAACUAGCAUCCAGCAGCACUAGUGUAGUUACAGGGCCUGUUUUCCAGAGGUGCUGACCCGCUGUCUUCAGCAGGGGUCAUGGCAAGUCAGGACUUCUGGGCAAAAUGGGGUCUAGAAACCAUGGAUGGGAUUUUCAACAGAGCAUGUUGGUUACACUUUCAGAUCCCACCAAUUUCCAGGGAGCACUGGAGCACCACCUCCCCUGGGCAUCUUCUGGAAUUUCCAACCUAUGAGACUACAAGGGAAAAAAAAAAUAGUUUUUGCUUAUCAAAAACAAUCACAUAAUGGUUUUCUUUAACAAUUUUUCUUCCUGUGAUUUUUAAGUGACUCGUAUUGCUAAGUGAGUAAGAACCUCUCUUUUCCAAAAAUUCAUGCAGUUUAACAGAAAUAUUUUUACAAUACCUAAGAAGCGAAAACAAUUUAAGAGAUAAUUUCUUUCCAAAUGUGUUAUUGCCAUCUCUGCUAGUACUAUCAUCUUGUGAUGGUACAUCAUGUUGGCCAUGUUUUGAGAAGUCUUAUUGGCCAGGCUUUUAGAAGUCUUAUCUUUCCAAUGGGAAAAAGUAACUUUCACUGUACUUUGGCAAUAACCCAGGGUAUUAUUCAAGGUUGUUCCAUGAGGUUUUCUCUCCACCAUCACUUUUCCUUAUCCUGCAGAAUCUUUCCCUAUUUUGCAUGUAUAUUCCACCAGCACUGGAAUUGCACCUGAAUUCCUGUGGUCAAGGAGACUGCAAGGAUCCUCUGAAAACCUUUGAAAGUGGUAAUUUUUCCAUGUGUGUUCAGGGGGCUCAGGAUCACUGCAGUCUAAAUGCAGAAGCACUGAAAAUUGGAUCUCUAAAAUAUUGCCGGCACAAGAGCUUGAGAAUCUCAAGGAGAAACUAGAAUCCAGAUGCCCCUCUUUUUGUCAUUUUUGUAUAAGUGGUCAAAUAACCAGGAAACCACUUUUUCCUUACAUUGUAUUGUAUUUAUUAUGUGACAUUAGGUUCUGUUGUAUUUUAACAAUAUAUAAAAUUACAUUGUGCCGUGUUUGUGCUUAUAGUCAGUGCACAUCUAAAAUGGAACUAGCACUUAAGUACUGGGCUAUUUGUCAUAAGAUACUUGAAAAUGCAUACACUCCUCCUGAUACUAAAUAUUUUAAUGGAGUAUUAGAUGGUAUCUCUUGUGGUCUUUGCCUUUUAUUAGCAACAGUUUCUGGGUUUUGCUUUUUAAAUUGCACUAAAAACUAUACAUUAUUUAAGAUCUCCUUUUUAGCCAAAUGGUAGCCACUAGGCUAAUCUGAUUUUCCUAGCAUGGUGUCAGCCUCAGUCACCUCACCUGUUGUGAAGUGUUGGUUUAGUAUUUUAGUGCCUCAAAUACCAAAGCUGGUUCUGCCCUGCACGGAAGUAGUUUCUGGAAUUGCACCUUCAAACAAACUUUUUUGGUUACUGUUGUUUUUAAUUGAUAAAUAAUGCCCACAUUAUAGUUUGAAACUCUAAGUAGCUCACAGUAUGUCUGAGUCCUUAGAAACGUGAGGAAUGGGGUUUUCAUUAUCUUUAUUGUCUAGCUAAUUUUCAUAGAAAAUUCUUUGUUUUUCCUACAGAAACAGUGAGUAAAAGGAGACAAAAGUAGGGCCCUAAAAUGUAUACUUUCUAAUGGUUGGGGAUGUAUGAAAUGCAACAACAUGUAUCGUUGGAGGAAGAGAUUCAAUAAUUGUCAGUGAGGGGAAUCUACUGCAUGUCUGAAACUCACAGCGUAUGUAAUAAGGAUGACUAACUGUACAUUUUAGUGCCUUGUUUCUUGUAAAAUGUUUAAUCAUAAAUUACUAAACAUAAAUAAUUAAGAAUUUCUGAGAAAAUGUAUCUAAAUAUUGUUAAUAGAAACUGUAUAUUCACAGAAAAGUCAAUAAAUCAUCAACUAUUGUUACAUGUUAA